AUUAAAUUUGCUUAAUGCAAAACUAUGAAUUAGGAAUUCCGAUUAUAAUUGAAGCAAGUAUUGGAUUAGCUUCUUCUUUAUUCUUCAUACUCGACAUUUCGAUUCAUUAUAAGAUGAAGUUAUAUCAAUUGGAAUUGGGGAUCUUAUAUACUAACUUGAUGUAAUCUAUAAGUAAAUAAAAUAAUGAUUUUAAGUCACCAUAAUGUUAAUUCUUGACUUUAGCAAUUAAAUGUGUGUUUGGACAUUGUUUUUGGAAUAAUGUUUGACUCUUUCAAGUUUUCUUUGGACCAUCUUGAUAUUAUAAAAAAGUUGUUUACUAACUAGAUACCCAAUAUAAACAGCUUUAGAAUAUUUAAAGACUAAUUAAUUUGCAGUAUUUAUUAUUAAAUCCAGCUCUAAGCUAUAAUUGCAUUUGGAUUGCCAAUAAUUGCAUCAUCAUUAAUUUUUGUAAAAUUAAAUAUAUGCCAACUUGAUGCACUCACUCAAGUUUCAACUAAAUUAUUCUGGGCAAUAUAAUCGAUUUUAACAAUAAUAUUCAUUGGAAUAAUAGCCUAUCAUAUCAUAAGAGUUCACUUGAAUUGUAAACUUGUAAAGAAUAUAGAAUAAAUUUAGGCCAAAUUAUACUUAGAAAUUUUAUACUGCCCAAUUAUAUUAAUCUUUUCAUUACCGUGGAUUGUGUAUACAAUUUUCAAUUUUGAACUAGAUGAUUCUGAAGAUGUGAAAAUCCUUCAAGGUAUUUUUAAAAGUCUAAGCUAAAGGUUUAUUCCUCCUAAAAAACUCAUAAAUAAUUUUCAGUACUUUUCUUUUUGGAUAAAAUUCAGCCUUUUAAGUGGCUUUCCUUGAAAAUGCCUGCCCAAUAUUAAGAAAAACCUAUUUGGCAAAAUAUGAUUUAAAAAAUAAGUAUAUUAUUGAAUAUUACUUCUAGAAAUAACAAUUCAUAAACUUUAAAUAUCGAAAUUUGUACUACUUUAUGCACACAAUUAUUGAUAAAAUGA